AUGAAGCGGUACAUUUUUGUCACGUUACAAUGUAUUUUAAAUUUUGGGUUUAUAUCUGAUAUUAUUAUGGCAUCUAAUAAUGAAAACUUAAAUCAAAAUUUUGACGAUAAAUUUAAUCUUCUUAAUCAUUCGUUAUUUGAAAAUGUUAUACCAGUGUAUAAGUAUAAAUGCUUACGUACCGGGAUUACUAUUGUAUUUGGUGAUAUUGAUGGUCCUCUCGUAAAUGGAUAUUUCACUUUGGCUACAGAAGCUCACGAUAAUGAUGGUAUUCCACAUACAUUAGAACAUUUAAUAUUUCUUGGAUCAGAAGAGUAUCCUUACAAAGGAGUUCUUGAUUUGGUGGCAAAUCGUUGUCUUGCUUCAGGAAUCAAUGCCUGGACUGAUGUAGAUAAUACUUGUUAUACUGUCAGCACAGCCGGGAGUGAAGGAUUUCUUUCAUUUCUUCCAAUUUAUCUUGAUCAUAUUUUAUAUCCUACAUUAACUGAUGCUGGUUUUGUCACAGAAGUUCACCAUAUAACUGCGGAAGGUGAAGAUGCUGGUGUUGUUUAUUGUGAAAUGCAAGAACGUGAAAAUACUGCAGAAUCUAUUAUAAAACGUUCAUUGUUUAAAAAACUGUAUCCCGGCGAAUGUGGCUACAAAUCAGAAACACGAGGUAUCAUGAAAAAUUUACGAGAGUCAACUACUAUAGAAAAAAUUCGCAAAUACCAUAAUGCAUAUUACCGACCUGAAAAUCUGUUACUUCUAGUUACUGGAAAAGUUAACCAUUCUUCUUUAUUUAAUAGUCUAGAACCAGUUAUCCAAAAGAUUUUAUCAAAAGGAAGCCGAGGAGAAUAUGUAAAACCAUGGCAAAAUACUGUAGAUCCUUUAACAGAAUCUUCAAAUUAUGUAGAACUAUUUCCAUGUGAUGAAGAGACCAAUGGUGUUAUCAAUGUUGGAUGGAGAGUCCCAGUUGGUUCAAAUCAUAAAUACAAAUAUUUUGCUUGUGUGACACUUUUAUAUUAUUUAACUGAUACUCCAAUUAGUGCUUUACCAAAGGAGUUUGUUGAAAUAUCUGACCCAUUGUGUAGCUUGGUCUCUUACUCUAUAAAUCAACAUUUAAGUAUAGUUCUUGAAUUUGAAAAUGUACCAAUUCAAAAAUUAAAAGAAGAACUAAUACCAUUGAAAUUAAAUGAAGUAUUUAAUAAGCUUAAUAGUGAUGAUGGUUAUUUUAACCUAGAAAAACUGAGAUUGUGUAUUAAAAAAUAUAAGCUAUCGAUAUUAAGUAAGCUAGAAACUCAUUCUAGUUCUACUUUAGCCAGUUUAGUUAUUGAAGACUUUUUGUAUGGAAAGAGUCAAACAGAUUUAGACGAAGGAUUAAAUACAAUUAGAAUGCUGAAGAAACUUCUCAGAGAAGAUAUCUCGUUUUGGAAACAGAUUGUAAGAGAUUAUUUUAUAAACAAUCAUAAAGUUAUUGUAAGAGGAAUCCCAUCUAUAAAAAAACAACAAGAGCUAGCUAAUGAAGAAAUGCAAAGAAUAUCAAAACGCAAAAAAGAUUUAGGGGAUGUUGGUUUAACAUUAAAAGCUAUUGAACUACUGAUUGCUAAAACAGAAUGUGAAAAAAAACCCCCUAGUGAAAUGUUGACGUCAAUUAAAAUUCCUAAUGUUGAACUAUUAAACCUUUUAACUUAUGAUACUUUUACAUCAAAUUCAAUAAACCAACACAAUAUAUUUAAAACUUCCGAAGUUCCAUUAUUUGUUGAAAUUGACAAUGUUAAAAGUAAUUUUAUUUAUAUGAAUGCACUUAUCAACACUAAAGACUUGGAAUUGAAUCUUAGAAAGUACUUACCUCUUUUUCUUGAUUUGAUCACGCAAAGUACUAUAAUACGAAAUGGUGUAAGAUUAGACCAUAUGGAUGUCAUUGCAAAAUUAGAAAAAGAUGCUGUUUCGUGGAAUACAUCUGUUGGAAUCGGACCAAUAUCACGGUUUUCUUGUGGAACUUUUUCCUCUGUUGUACUUCUAUCACUUUAUGUCGAACCAGAAAAAUAUCAUAAAAGUAUCAACUGGCUUCAUGAUUUUCUAUAUAAUACAGUCAUUACUAAAGAAAAGUUUUCUUUUAAUUUGUCAAAAAUUAUAAAUGAAGUUGCUUACUAUCGUAGUCAUGGAUGCCAUGUAUUAAAUGAUAUUUAUAGAAAUAUAAUUUCGAAACAAGAUAGUAAUAAUUACGCAUUUAAUAUUUCAAGACAAUAUAAGUUUUUAACUAGCUUGCAAAAAACAAUUGAAACUGAAGAAGGUUGGGAAGUUGUAAAUAAAGAUUUAAAUAAAUUAAAAUUAUUUUUGGCUAAUCCAGAUAAUAUUAAAUUACACAUAACUGGUAAUUUGGAUAAAUUAUGUGAUAUUAUUCCUGAAGCAUCUGUUGCAUUACAAAAAAUUAUUCCAAAUAAUUUAAAGACAUCAGUACAUCCAUUUAAAACACAGUCUGACUUUGAUUCUAUAUUACCUCUAAGCCAAUGUGGAAUUCGAGCUUGUAUUGUUGGAAUGGAUUUUAUUAAAUCAAGUUAUUUCAUUCAAGUAUCUGAUUCUAUAAGCGAUUAUAACCAUCCAGACAUAGCUGCUCUUUAUGUACUUUUGCAAUAUUUCUCUCAGUUUAAAGGACCUAUUUUUAAGGAAAAUCAAGAAUCAGGUUAUGCAUAUGUUUGUGGUAUUUAUCUAAAUAUUAGCGAAGGAAAAAUUUGCUUACAUUUAUCAGAAUCUGUAAAUGUACCAGCUGCUUACCAAGCUACUAAAUCAAUAAUAGAUAAACAUUUAUCGACUGGAUUUUCUUGGGAUCAAACACUGUUUGAGUCAGCAAAAUGUUCUGUCACAUUUGAUAUAAUUAAGAGUACAAUGAGUACAUUAUCUUCACAAUCAAUUUUGUUACAUUUCCGAAAUUUGAAACAAACUUAUUACCAGGAACUUGUUAAAAAAAUAUCACUAGUAAAACUUGAAGAUCUUUCUGAAAUAGGCAGAAAAUAUGUGAUACCAUUAUUCAAUCCACAAUCUUCCAUAACUGUAAUGGUAUGUCCUACUAUAAAAAUUGAAGAAACAGCUAAUGAAUUCGAAAAAAUUGGUAUUAAAAUGAAUAUUUAUAAAUCUUUAGAUGAAAGUUUUCUAAAUAACUAAUAAAUAAUAAUAUAAAUUUAUCGUUUUAUUAUGUUAACUCAUAUGCUUUAAAAAUUUUUUGGUCUAGUUUAAUAUUUUAAUUGACUUUUUCUUGUGUUUAC